AUGCUGAAAGACAAAAGACAGGAGGACAAUGGGCAAUGGACAAUCGAUAAAAAAGCCGAAAGUCGAAAAUUGAAAGCCAAAAGCCGAAAGUCAAAAGUCGGAAGCCGAAAGCCGAAUACCAACAGCCGAAAGCUGAAAGCCUGCUUAGCCAAUAGCCGACAACUAGAGAUGGGCGAACGGCUCACGAGCCGUUCAAAUGAACCGAUUCACGAAAAAGAACGUUCAAACAAAUGGCUCUUGAAAAAGAACCACGGUUCCUCAAACGCACCCGAAGGCGGCACGAAGUUUGCAGCAAAUGAACGGUUCGCAACCGCUCACACAAAAGAGCCGUUUUGCCCACCUCUGCCGACAACCGAAAGUCAGAAGCCGAAAGUCAGAAGCCGAAAUCCGAAAACCGACAGCCAAAAGCCGAACGCCGACAGCCAAAAGCCAAACGCCAGAAGCCGAAAUCCGAAAACCGACAACCAUAAGCCCAAAGCCGAACCGAAAACUGAAAGCCGGAAGCUGAAAGCCGAAAGCCCAAAACCGAAUGCCAAAAGCCGAAAACCGACAGCCAAAAGGCGAAAGCCGAACACCGAAAGCCGAAAGCCAAACGUCGAAAGCCGGAAAACGAACCGCCGAAAGCCAAAAGUCGAAAACCGAAAGCCGGAAACCGAGCCCCGAAAGUCGAAAACCGAAUGCCGAAAGUAG